AUGCACUCAUGGUCUUGGGUCAUAGGUCGAAGGAAAUCUGGCCCUAUCGGCGUCGGCGGAGUUGCCAUUCACAGGAAGUCGCUCGCUGAAUUUCAAGGGAGCUUGCAUGGAAAGGAAGAAAUCUCAAAGCAAGUUGUUAAUCAGUGCCUAAACGACGAUCUUUCAGCUGCCUUACAGCGUAUCAAGAAGGGUCCGUGCGUCAUUUCUUUUGCUGGGUAUAUAACGGUGCCCUCCUUCUUUUAUAACCUUCCCCGUUUGCGUCUUCCCCCCACCCUCUUCGUCAAUCGUUCCAAACAUCAAAUUCUAUACGAUCCGUCAUCCUUAUACAGCUAUCUUUCCACGUUUGCAGUCCUUGCGUUACAUUUUCUCCUGCUAUUCGACUUCCUCUCCAGCUGUCUUGUUAUUGCCAUGAGUUCUUGCUCUUCCCGGCCUCAAACGCCUAUCCAGAUUUCAUUAAAAUCGCCUACGCACUCUAGUAAAAUGUUUCAAGAACACGAUGAUAUCACAACAGUUGAUACUAGCCCGACCCAUGGUCCCAACACACCAAUCUCAUCACGUCAACCUCCUGCGCCACCCACCCCUCCUGAUUCUUCUUCUCGUAAUAACAGUGUAAACAUCGGUAAUGCUUUACUCUUGUCGCAGUCCAGUUCUCCAGCUCGCUCGCUGUUCAAUUCGCAAAGUAUAGUCUCUAGACACUCCAGUCCUACAAAUAGUCCUCCUUUUCCUUCUAAUAAUGUAAACAUUCGCACAGUCGCUGGUCUUACAAAGGAACCCGUCGCAUCUCCAGCACAGCAAGACCAUAUCAAUGUGAACCUCUUGAAUCCUGCUAAAAACACACAUUUAACUGAAGCUAACUUACAUGCAGUAUCCCAUUAUGCUUCAAACUCUUCCGUCGUAGACUUUAACGACCAUAUGCUUCCCGAAUCAUCUUGUGGUUCUCUCAGCUCGGCAACCUCUUGCCAAGGGCAUGAUGGCUCCGAUUGUACGUCUCAUCAGACCCCCAACGUUUAUAUCAAUGGUCUUCCUCCACACUUUCCUGAACAAGAGCUAUAUGCGCUCACUCGUCCGUUUGGGGAAGUAAAGAGUGUAAGGUCUUUUACAAGGCAUGUUAGUGAAAAACCGACAGGAUAUGGAUUCGUCUUAUUUGAUAAAGUGCAAUCAGCCGCCCUAUGUAUCGAAGGACUGAGGAAGUACCGCAAUUUACAUCCCUCCUUCUCCAAGCAAGUCCACAGGAUUCCAGGGACAUCGUACGCUUCACACAGUAUUCAUUCUUCUGAAGCACAAGACGAAGAGACAUUCAAGGCGCGGAUGGAAAAACUAAAGGAUGAGGCUUCAACGAAUUUGUAUAUUGAAGGUCUUCCCCUAACGAUCGACGAUGAUACUCUUGCUGCCCUUGUAUCACCAUAUCAUAUCAAGAGCAGUCGCUUCUUUAAGACAAAACUAAGUGAUCCACCCAGAAUCAUUGCAUUUGUUCGCCUUGAAACUCGAACAGCGGCGGAUGAGAUCAUCGAACGUUUACAUGGGAGGAUGGUACGGGGGUGGAAUGAUCCCGGGUGCAGGAUUUCAGUACGAUUUGCGGAUAGCGCUGAACAAAGGGAACUACGGCGUGCUGAACGAGCUGCACGUAAUGGUGAUCAGUCCCCUGCGCGCCUUACUAUCGCCCAGGCCGCCCUAUUAAAUCUCCGUGGACAAGAAUUUCAAAAUCAAAUACGUAAAGCUCCUGCAGUCCACAGCCGUGGUUUGCCUGCUCCAGCUCACUGUCCCACUACCACAGGAUGGCUGCCAUGCCAGGAUUACCCCGCAGGAGAUUUAGCCGGAAUGAUGUCAAACGCGGCCAUGUUAUCAAGUUCAGGUGCUCUGCCUUAUCAAACUCCAGUCCGCCGCAUGCAACACUCGAAUAUCAACCACGAAAUGGCUACACUCAUCGACUCGUUACAGAACACCAUGGGAUUCAAUGAUGGGGUGCCCUGUGUUAACGACGGUAUAGGGAUGGGUGCGCUUGAAGAUGAGCUGUGUGUGAGGGCCCUUGCACGGCAGGCGCAGGCCCAAAAUGCCUCUUCGAUGUUUCCAUUUUCUCUCUCCGGAGGACAGGCACAAGCUCGCAAUGGGUUUACACCAGCAGAAGAACUCAUUUUGCAAACCCAUACGCGCAUUCAGCAGCAGCGAGCGCAGCAACAGCAACACCCACAGCCUUCGUCGUUCGGACAAACCGAACUGCGUACGUCGGCAGGUUGUUUGUACGAUUCGAAGAUAAAGGCGGACAUAGGAUCAAGAAAUCGCGGACAACCGUUCACUGCCCGCCCUCACGUCCAACAAUCCGUAUCGCACAAUUUACACGGUUAUGCUAGGUCCGGCAGUUCGAAGGGUUUGAAAAGCGCACUUCCCGUUAUAUCCGAAGAUGAAUUCCAUGUUUCGGCGCGCCAUCAACUCUACACUUCUUCAUAUCAAGCAAUGCAAAGCGAUGCCAAGGAUAUGAAUACAGUACCAUCUCAUGACUAUGCUGCGAAUUUUGAACCCUCUUUACGGCCUUCAUCUCGUGAAAAUGUUUUCCGCACUCUUGAACCUGACCACCCUCAAUACUGCCAAUCUCGUCAACAGGGUGAUUCAAUCUCUUCGUAUCCAGUCAUUAAUCUCCCGAAGCAACCCUCCACACGAACAGCAUUGCCUGUGCAUUCACGCUCCAAUAUUCUUCCUAUCUCUAAACCUCUGGAACGUGACCAAUACGCCACCGCCAGCACUCGUACAAAGAAUAACAGCACCACUAGCAACAGCAAUAACAGCGCCAACACGACCAGUAACUACCAAAGCCAGACUCUUUCCCGUGACACUGGUCAUAUUCGCGAAGAUGAUAGAGCAAACAGCCAAAUAUACAAGGAAACCAAUAUUCAAAUGCUCUCGUUUUCACAAGCCCCACCUUCCUCCGAUCACCACAAUUCAGCAUAUACGCUUGAUGAAUCAAUGUCCCCGACAGCCAUAUCACCUGCGCUAACGUUUUCUUCACGCACACCAUCAACACUCAGUCCCGCUACACCAUUCUUCGGUUCUUUCGGAAAUGGCCAGGAGGUAUUUGAAACUAUGUCUGAGGAUGGGGAGCAUUGUGAAAAGAAGCUUAAAGUUAGAGCAGGUACACAGUAG